ACCGCGGCCACUGCAGCCACCGCAGUUACUGCUCUCACCUACGCUUCUGUUUGUGUCUGUACCCCACGGAGAAGAUGACCGUGGGGAGGCCUGCGGGAGUCUCCGGCGGCGCUCGGAGCCUUCAGAUAUUUCCCCCCAAAUCCUCCUCAGACACAGAGGCAGAAGAGGAGCUGUCUGGGAAUGAGCUGGUUUUGCCGAGAGCUGGCAAACUUGAUGAGUUCCUCAGCCUGGAGGAGACAGAUUCUACUUCUCCUGACUCAACUGGGAGCUUAUACGAGACCCUUCAAGCGCUAAAGCAGAAAGGCAGGUGGUGCCUGUCAGAAUCCCCUCAUGAGUCUGAGCCAGACAGUGAUGAGAGCCUCUCUGAAGAUGAUGAGGACCUGGAGAGGUUCUUCCGAGACAAAGGCAGGGAGAAGCCACAGGCCCGGGACCCCCCGGCUCCAAGGUGUGGCUCCACACGACGCUGCAGCUCCCUGAGCAACGUGCCCUCUGACAUUCCCAAGUUUCAGUCCCAGCCACCUGCAGGCUCCAGGCCUCCUUCCCAGCACAGAAGCAUCAGCUCCUGGGCAUCUUCCAUCACCGUCCCUCAGCCGUUCCGUAUGACGGUGCGUGAAGCCCGGAGAAAGGCCCAGUGGCUGGCCUCACCGGCCUCCUUCGAGCCAGAGAGGCAGCAGGCCCAGAGGCAGGGCCAGGAGGAGGCUGAGUGCCACCGGCAGUUCCGGGCACAGCCGGUGCCCGCGCACGUCUACCUGCCCCUUUACCAGGAAAUCAUGGAUCGUAACGAGGCCCGAAGGCAGGAAGGGAUCCAGAAGAGGAAGGAACUGCUCCUCUCUUCUUUGAAACCCUUCAGCUUCCUGGAGAAGGAGGAGCAACGAAAAGCCGCUCAACAGAAGGAAUUGGCCGCCACUGCUAAGGCCAAGGUCUCCAAGCAGAAAGCCACCAGAAGGAUCCCCAAGUCCAUUCUGGAGCCAGCCCUUGGGGACAAACUCCAGGAGGCUGAGCUCCUCAGGAAGAUUCGCAUCCAGAUGAGAGCCCUAGACAUGCUCCAGAUGGCCUCCUCCCCGCUCACCUCCCCCAGCGGCAGAGCUGACCCUCGGCCCCGCACGGCCACCCGAACGCAGGAGGAAAAGCUUGGGUUUCUGCACACUGACUUUGCAUUCCAGCCUCGGGUGAAUCCUGCCGUCCCUGACUAUGAGGCCCUUUACAAGGCCUUCCAGAGAAGAGCUGCCAAGGGAAGGGACACCCGAGAGGUGACUCGAAACAAGCCCUUCUUGCUGAGGACCGCCAGCCUGUGUCGCACUCGGCGGCCCUGUGAUGCUGCCGCCACUGGAGGGAGGGAGGACUCUCCACAGCCACCCACCACGCCCCGGCCGAGGAGUCAUUCCCUGAGCGGCCUCGCUUCCCUCUCCGCCAGCACCCUGCCCGUGCACAUCACAGAUGCCACCAGGAAGAGGGAGUCUGCAGUCAGAAGUUCACUCGAAAAGAGGGACAGAGCGGAUGAGAGCACCCAGUGGCUGGAGGCACACAAAAAGAAGCGUCAAGCCAUGUCUCAGUCUGUGGCCUUGCGUGCGAAAGCCAUGGACCCCCAUAAGAGCCUGGCGGAGGUGUUCAAAGCCAAGCUGAAGGAAAACCGGAACAAUGACCGUAAAAGAGCAAGAGAGUAUAAGAAAGAAUUGGAGGAAAUGAAGAAGAGAAUACAAACGAGGCCCUAUCUCUUUGAACAAGUUACCAAGGACCUUGCCAGGAAAGAAGCAGAGCGACGGUACCAAGACACCCUGAAGCAGGCCGGGCUGGACGAAGACUUUGUGAGGAACAAGGUUCGGGGCACCAGGGCUGUGCACUGGAAGGAGCGGUCCGAAGUCCACGGUCACCCCAGCACCCAUGAAACUACAAAAUGCGGCAUCAGAAACCCACAGCAGGAUUUGGAAGACUCUCUAGAACAGCCUACAAGCCCCAAGAAAGAACAGGAGGAGCUGCCUUAUGAAUUGCUAGAGAAUCUGAAAUCACUUGCUUAAUCAGUACUCUUAAAAUUACUGCUUUUCAAUAAUAUUAAGCAGCCAGCAUGGGGUUGAAUCAGGAGGGCAACAACUGCGUUCAAGGUAAUCAAAGUGGAGCAACCCAGGGUGGAAGGAGCAGAGCCCAGUUAAGUGUCCGUCCUUCGUGCCUCUUGCUUAAACGUGAGGACAGAAAGGGCGUGAGCCUCCAGGCCUCCAAGGGCCAUUCAGAACAUAAGUGGGUCCGAUGGGCUGGCUGUGAGACAGCAGUAGGAGCCUCUGCUGGAAUACAGACCUGGAAUUGCCAGAUCAACUGCAUUUUCAACAGAAGCCAGAAACCCACACACUGGCAACUAAUUUAAAAAUGCCCUGGCUGGUGUGGCUCAGUGGACUGAGUACCACUGCAAAUGGAAAGGUUACCAGUUUGCUUCCGGGCCAGGGCACAUCCCUGGGUUGUGGGCCAGGGCCCCAGUUAAGGGGGAGGCAGCUGAUCGAUGUGUAUCACACACACUGGUGUUUCUCCCUCCCUCCCUUCCCCUCUAAAAGUAAAUAAAUAAAAUCUGAAAAUAAUAAUUACCUGGGACUAUUGUAUGGGCAAAAGAAAACGGCUGGGGGUUGACAGGUUUGCAACUUCUAGUCCAGGGCUUGUCAGCCUCGGCACCUCUGGCAUUUUGGGCCCAAUGAGUCUGCUGGGUGCAGGGAGGGGAGCUGUCUUGCACACUGGAGGAAGUUGAGCAGCGUCCCUGGCCUCUGCUGGCUAGAUGCCAGUGACACUCCUCCAGCUGUGACAACC